GUCGGAGCUCAAUGCUCACGCUCUCCGCCGCCGCCGCACUGGCCUACUCGCCCACCGUCGCUGCGCCGCACGCGCGGACAAGCGCAGCGUCGGUCAGCAGCCGCGCGUCCGCUCCGCGCCUCGGCUUGCUGCAGAAGCUUGGCCUGCGCCGCGGAGCAAGGUUUGCGGACGACCUUGGCCUGCCCUGCGUGGACGAGUGCGCGGUGGCGUCGUAUCCCAACCUCCCUCCCUCGGUCCACCCGGGCGUCGUGACGGGCCAGGCGCUCGUCGACCUGCUGCAGCACGCAAAGGAGAAUCGGUACGCCAUCCCGGCGGUCAACUGCGUCACGUCCUCGUCCGUCAACACUUGCCUCGAGGCGGCGCGCAAGGCGGACGCGCCAAUCAUCAUCCAGUUCUCGUCGGGAGGCUCGCAGUUCUACGCUGGCAAGGGCCUCGACAACACCGACUACAAGGCUGCCAUCGCCGGCGCCGUCUCGGGCGCCUACCACGUGCGGGCCAUGGCGGAGCAGUACGGAGUGCCGGUGAUCCUGCACACCGACCACUGCGCCAAGAACCUGCUGCCGUGGCUCGACGGGAUGCUGGCCGCGUCGGAGCGGUACUAUGCGGCGCACCGCGAGCCCCUCUUCUCGUCGCACAUGAUCGACCUCUCCGAGGAGCCGCUCGAGGAGAACAUCGACAUUUGCGUGAGCUACCUGCAGCGGAUGGCCAAGCUCGACAUGCUGCUCGAGAUGGAGCUUGGCAGCCCAAGACGGAGGAGGGCGACGGGCAUCACGGGCGGCGAGGAGGACGGGGUGGACAACGAGGAUGCCAACCCGGAGGACCUCUACUCCAAGCCCGAGGAGAUCUGGCAGGUGUAUGAGAAGCUCUCCGCCGUCCCAAACGGCCGCUUCACCGUCGCCGCCGCUUUUGGCAACGUGCACGGCGUCUAUGCCCCGGGCAACGCCGAGCUCGACCCCCCCGACACUCGCAACGUCAAGCUCGACCCCGAGAUCUUGGGCAAUGCCCAGACCUUCAUCGCCGACAAGGUGUCCUCCAGCGACGCCAAGCCCGUCUCCUUUGUCUUCCACGGAGGGUCGGGCUCCGACCUCAAGGACAUCAAGCAGGCGAACCCCGCCACGGCGGGCCACCUCGGCCGAUCCCGGCCCGAUCCUGCGAUCGACUACGGCGUGGUCAAGAUGAACAUCGACACGGACACGCAGUGGUCCUACUGGGACGGCAUCCGCGCAUACUACAAGAAGUAUGAGCCGUACCUCAACUCGCAGAUCGGCAACCCGGACGGCGCCGACAAGCCAAACAAGAAGUUCUACGACCCGCGCGCCUGCCUCCGGUCGGCGGAGGACUCGACUAACGCGCGGCUGCAGCAGUGCUUCGAGGACCUCAACUGCGUCGGCAUCCUCGGGCUGGGAGACAUGCCUCCGCCGCAGAACGUCCUCGGCCCGCGCCGCGGCGCACUGCCCUGCUGAUCCGAGCGGAGAGUUGCAGACAGCCCGGCUGCAGCAGCGCUGUGAGAUGGUGGGGAGGCGGGCGAGGGGAGGGGCACUGCGGCGAUCCAAUCGACGGGGCGGGUUCUGCGCAGGCGCUGUGUCUGCGUUUGCGCUGCGCUGCUGAGGCCGGCGGGCGGCGCUGCGGUGUGAGGACUCGCGGGGUGCGGGGCGCGAGGCCGAGGGGGGAGGGACAUGCGAGGGAAGAAGCAUCGGGGUGAGGGUGUAGGCAUGUGCCUCGGGGAGGGGCGUCGGGUCAGCUCUCCGCCACAAGACUGCCGCUCGCGAUAUACACAGAUGUGGGAGAGAGCACUGAGGGGCGAGCUUGAUGGUGCGCGCGCGUUGGCGGGUGUGACGCGCCGUUUAUGCUACGUGGUGGUUGGCAGAUUUUGUGUUGCGUUUUGUUCUAUUUAUGUCGCGUUGGUGUUUUCUAUUUCUUUUAAAGACUCCGGAGUGCUC